UAAAGUCAUAGUAUGCUUCCUUCAAAUUUCUAUAUCAUUAAAACUCUUCUUUAGUGUCUUUCUGAUCCCAAAUGGAGAAAGAACUACUAUGCUCUUAUGUUAAAGAAACCGCGAAAGCAGCCCAAAGUGUAGGCAGUUGGAACGGUUUUAACGGGCUAGUGUGUCAUGCUGGAGAUGAUAGCGGUUCAAGAUCAUCAUCGUUAUCAUUAUCUUCAUCGUCGUCGUCAUCAUCACCAUCGUUUGUUAACGGUUUGCCUUAUUUUCUUGAAACUCGCACACCACACAGCCAACUUUCACAAGCCAUUGAGCCAAGAUUCCAGAAUCUAACGUUUCUUUUGACCGAACCCAAGGGUGUGACCAUGACUAGUAUGCAGCCGGUCGCACCCUUGGGUUCGGACUUCUGGCUGAGAGCUAUGAAAACUCAGUCAAUGAAGUACACUGGGAGACGAAUUGUCGAUACUGCCCUUAAAAAGACUUCAGUUUGUUCACCAGGGAAGCUUUUUAGAGGGGUAAGACAGAGACAUUGGGGAAAAUGGGUAGCGGAAAUCCGGUUACCAAGAAACCGGACACGUGUCUGGCUCGGGACAUUUGAUACAGCAGAAGAAGCUGCUUUUGCAUAUGAUACAGCUGCUUAUUUGUUAAGGGGUGAUUAUGCACAUUUAAAUUUUCCAAAUUUAAAGCAGCAGAUAAAGGCUAAUUCAGGAAAUGGUCACACUGCAGCUCUUCUUGAAGCAAAGUUGCAAGCUUUAUCAUCUAAUAAGAAAGGUAAUGAAUCUAAUGAUCUGUCACCAACACCCCCGGAAAUUGGUUUAACGACAGAAACACGUACGGGUCAUGUUUUAGAUAACGAAAAAAACAAGAAACCGACAGAAGUAGGAGAAGCGGAUGGUGUCGAGGGUGUUCAGUUGAGCCGAAUGCCGUCGUUGGACAUGGAUAUGAUCUGGGAUGCUAUUCUUGUUUCAGAUUCAUAGCUAGAUAUGCAUAUGCUCAUAGUUUGUAACUUCUUUUCCUUUUUUUAUUUUAUUUCUAAUUUUAUUUGAAGGUACAUGAGUAUUCAUCUUUUCUUCCAAAGUUGUUGCACUUUUUUCUUUUUUUUGCUUUUUUUAAGUUGUGUUUUUUUUUUUUUUUAAAUCUUGAUUCCAAGUUUUGGUGUUGGUAGUUUUCAAAUGUUGAUGGAGACCAUAGUUAUUUAAA